ACCUCAAUUUGAACAUCAUCAAGUCUCUCUCUCUCUUUUUCUGACUUUGUUCUACGAACCUAACCAGCUUGCGAUCUCUAUUUAACCGAUCCUCGGCGCAACUUCAGCUACUACUACAUCCAUAUUCACAUCACAUCGAUACACUAUAAGGUUGUUUUAUAUAAUAAGAAUAGAAAGAUAAGAUGCCAGGGAUCACACUAGGAGACACGGUACCGAACCUAGAAGUGGAGACGACAAAUGGCACGUUCAAGCUUCAUGACUACUUUGCCGAUUCUUGGACCGUCCUCUUCUCUCAUCCCGGGGAUUUCACACCGGUAUGCACCACGGAGCUUGGUGCGAUGGCGAAAUACGCUCAUGAGUUCGAUAAGAGAGGCGUGAAGCUCCUUGGGUUGUCUUGUGACGAUGUACAGUCACACAAAGACUGGAUCAAAGACAUCGAAGCUUUUACGCACGGAAGCAAGGUGAAGUACCCUAUAAUCGCUGACCCGAACAAAGAGAUCAUUCCUCAGCUUAACAUGAUUGAUCCAAUCGAGAAUGGACCGUCUCGUGCCCUUCAUAUUGUUGGUCCUGAUAGCAAGAUAAAGUUGAGCUUCUUGUAUCCGUCGACCACGGGACGUAACAUGGACGAAGUAUUGAGGGCUUUAGACUCGUUGUUGAUGGCGUCCAAGCACAAUAACAAGAUCGCCACUCCGGUUAACUGGAAACCGGAUGAACCGGUUGUGAUUUCGCCUGCCGUGUCUGACGAAGAAGCCAAAAAGAUGUUUCCCCAGGGUUUCAAGACCGCCGAUCUUCCGUCAAAGAAAGGCUAUCUGCGUCACACUCAGGUCUCUUGAAAGAUAAAAACAAAAGCCUAAUAUAAAACGUAAUACGAGUACUGUAUGAUAUAUAUUAGUUGUUUACGUGUUGACGAAAAUAAUUACGUUUUGUAACGUAUGAUGAUUGAUGAUGUGUUGCACUAGGUGUAAGGUUUUGUAUUAUACUAAGAAGUAGUUUGUUUUAUAUAAAAUGGUUUAGCAAUA